UGGUGCGUAAAGCAAUUGUCAUUGAUCUAGAACCUGCUGUGGUGGUGCAGACAAGUCCAGAAGGUUUUGGAAUUUUUUGAAAGAAACUUAGCAAACCAACGAACUAUUUCUGGAACAUUCGAGAUUGACCCUUGGUUUGAUUUAAAUACCUCGUGCGUCCCUUCAGACAGCAACAAACAAAACAAACAAGAAAAUCAACAUUUUUUUUCUAUCAAUUCACACGACAAAAUUUAGCAGAGUUCAAAACACCAACCAAGUAAAGUAAAGAAGGGAAGAUGUCACUGAUACCAAGUUUCUUCGGUGGUCGAAGGAGCAAUGUUUUCGACCCUUUCUCGCUCGACGUAUGGGACCCCUUCAAGGAUUUGUCUUUCCCUUCUGCUGAAGAUUCAGCUUUCUUGAAAACACGAGUGGAUUGGAAGGAGACCCCAGAAGCGCACGUGUUCAAGGCUGAUAUUCCGGGGCUGAAGAAGGAGCAAGUGAAAGUGGAGAUUGAAGAUGACAAGGUUCUUCAGAUAAGCGGAGAGAGGAGUGUUGAGAAAGAAGACAAGAACGAUAAGUGGCACCGCGUGGAGCGUAGCAGUGGUAAGUUCUUGAGGAAGUUCAGAUUGCCAGAAAACGCUAAAGUCGAUCAAGUUAAGGCUUCUAUUGAAAAUGGGGUUCUCACUGUCACCGUUCCAAAGGAAGAGGUCAAAAAACCUGAUGUUAAGGCCGUGCAAAUCUCUGGUUAAAAGUCCAAUAUAUAGAAAAUACUGUGUUUUGCUUCUUGUGAGUUAUAAGGAAGAUCUUACAAUGUAAACUGUACCUGUUGAAAUAAGCGUCAGUUGUUCUUGUUGAGUGGCAUUCAUGUGUGUUUAAGUGUCUUAACUAAAUGUGAUGUAGACAAAAAGGAAAGAGAUUAGUAAUGUGAAUUACAAUUGGAUUACUGCA